ACCUCCACCACCUGGGAAAGCCUCUGCCUCGCCACAGGAGCUGUAACACGAGCAAAUGCCCUUGGGGUUGCAUUGAACUCAUCUUGGCGUAUAAAAUGCGGAGAAAGUGUUCUUAACAGUAACUCUUUCCGGCUUCAUUACUGUUUACAGGCUGUAAUUUUCUGCCAGGACGUCGCGUCGUCAGGUGUGCGCUGACUGGACGUGGUGGCAUCUGUUGUUGACGCCUCUUCACUCUCUCACCGGGUCGGACAGGAGGACACACGCCCCGCUGACGAGGAGAAUUAAGUGUUACGUGCGAGGAACAGCUUUCUAAUCUGUGAUCUCAGGGAUUACUCCUCCGGUGGACUGGACUUGGCCCCUGUCCGUGGUUUUUGGCCACUGUUUUACGCACGCCGUGCACCAUUUUUGCGUGCUCAUAAUUGCACCCCUGGCAUUUGCAUGAUGGAUUAAACACUCAUCAGUUUUAGCCUAGAUUUCGAUUGAUGCUCUCUGAACAAUCGUGGAUUAUUAAUGGACUCGCACCAUGCUAAAUGAUGAUGAUCGUCUGGUCACUGAGGCGCGCACCCGUACGUUGGAUUAAGAGCCACAGACUUGACACUGCGCUUGGAUCAAGCACCUGUUUAUUCUCCUGAGACACUCUGACCUGUUUUCCGUCUAUUGACGCGCUGGGAUGGAGGGCGAGCUGAGACCCAGGCUCUGUUUCCUGACCAAAGGGGAGCGCGGCUAUGGGUUUCACCUGCACGGUGAGCGGAAUAAAGGCGGCCAGUUCAUCCGCAAAGUGGAGCCCGGCUCCUCGGCCGACCUGGGCGGACUGCGACCAGGAGACCGGGUGGUGGAGGUGAACGGGGAGAAUGUGGAGAACGAAAGCCACCAUCAAGUGGUGAACCGUAUCCGUGAGGUGCCCCACCGCACCAGGCUGCUGGUGGUGGACCGAGACACGGAUGACUUCCUCCGCAGCCGUGGCUCGGCCUGCACCGAGGAUCUGGCCGUUGAGAUGGGAACCCUCUCCCCGCGCCCCUCGCCGGGGCCCACACCUUCCACCUCUCCCAUACCCAGAGAGAACUCACCCCUGUCGCCCAAACCCAACCACACACACUCAUUUCAGCCUCCAGCUGCAGACUCACCCGCACAGACCAUCACACAAGACCAGGUCAAGAGGUCCUCAUUGACAUCAAGCACAGCGACAGACACAGAGCUGCAGGUGCAGCCCUCACCAGCACCGCCAGCUGAACUCCUUCCCCGCCUGUGCCACCUGGUGAAGGGGGAGCACGGCUACGGCUUCAACCUGCACAGCAAUAAGACAAAGUGUGGACAGUUUGUGCGUUCGGUGGACCCCGGCUCAGCUGCUGAGAGUGCAGACGUCCGGGCUGGAGACAGACUUGUGGAGGUGAACGGAGUGAACAUAGAGGGCCUGAGGCACUCAGAGGUGGUGGCACUCAUUAGAGCAGGAGGGGAGGAAGUGCACCUCCUAGUGGUCGACCAGGAGACGGACGAGCUCUUCCACAGACUGGGGAUCACACCUGCCACCAGCCAUAUCAAAGAGGUCUAUGUGGAUGAUUUAACCACAGAAAGCGCCCCACCCACCCCCUCUCCAACCACUGAGCUCCACGCCACAGAUCCCCCAAUCAUAAACGUCACGCUGACAGACUCCCCAGUCACGACAACGUCUCCAAAAUCCCGGGCCAAUGGGAGCUCAGCAUCUCAGUCCUCAAGAAGUUCCACCACCCAAUCAGAGAUCAGCAGCUCGGACAUGAGCAUCCAGGUCCCCGAUGAGGACGACAGGCGUGUUUCGGACCCUUUCGUGGACAGCGGCCUGCGUCUGAGUCCCACGGCUGCUGAGGCUAAACAAAAGGCCCUCGCAGGCCGCAGCAAGAAGAGAGCACCUCCUAUGGACUGGAGCAAGAGACAAGAGAUCUUCAGCAACUUCUGACCCCAGAAUGUAACUAAGUACAUUUACUCAAGUACUGUACUUCAGUACAAAUUUGCAGUACUUGUACUUUGCUCGAGUAUGACUUUGUGCUUCUGCUCCACUACAUCUCAGAAGCAAUGAUGUUUGUCUGACAGAUAAUAUUGUGUUUCUUCACUGUAGUACUCUUAACUGCUGCACUGUAAUCUAAAUGGAAAAAGAGGCAGGCAGCAAUGUUCUACAAAUAAUCUUAAAUUCUGUUCUGUGUAAAACUGCAUUGUAAGAUAUGAAAUAGUGAUCUGUAGAUGCUUACUUCACAGUAUCUAUGAGGACAAAGACAUGUUCUGUGGAUGUGCCAGAAAUCUUAUAACAUGCUGUAUGAAACAAUGGCAUUAAUGACUGGCAGACCGUCUACUGAGAGACUCGUCCAUGCAAGUGGUGCCUGGUCAGCACACAGUGUUUCUCCUUAUUAAGUCAUGGUCAUUUCAUCAUGAGUGCUGACUAUGAGUGUGUAACAGCCUAUAUGCACUCUGCUGAUUUUGGGCUGUAUUUGGCUGUUGUCUUGCAUUUCCUUUUUGUAACUUUGGUCGAUUCUAUUUGUUUAAGGAAUAGUUUCAUGUCUUUUCAAAUCACAAUGAGCUAAAUGGAAGUCCUGGAGUAGUUGUCUUUAUAUUAACAUUUUGUCUUUCAGGUGUAAGGCUAAAUUAUCAAAUGAUGCUGGAUCACCUCAGUGCUUCUCUUCAAUGUUAGAGGGAUUUAUGUAAAUAACAAUAUUUGGAAAAACAGAUGGUUGACUGGAUAGAAAAAACUGUAGACACUCUGUUCUCUUGUAGCCUUUUGAGGAAUUUUCUCUCAAAUGUGCUUUGUUGAAAUGUAUCACAAUGUGAAAUAAACUUUGAGAAUAUGUGCAAAUACCACAACAGAAUGUCAGCAGUGCAGCGUGAAAUGUGCCAUCAGUUGGAUGAGCAUUCAUUUAAAAACCCAGUAUUCCUGUUAGAUGUCUUGAUCUAUCAUUAGGCCCUGCAGUGGCCAUGAAUGAGGUUGUGCCUCAUGGCAGACAGCACUGUUCUCUUGCUCUGACCUAGCGUACCUUAAAACUGCCUUUAAAUUCUGCAUUAACCCAAGCAAAAAGCUUGGGCUUUAUUAUUUAUUAUUAUUUUCACAGCAAGUAGCGAAGUGUACACCAUCUACAUCAUUACCAGAUAACAACAUGCAAACCAUGAUGUAGGAUUAUUAUGUUUCCAAGACACGCCACUCCUUCAUUCUGGUCAACAUGCCGUGUGCUUCUGUGAAGGGAGAGCCAAAGUUUUCUAUUUCACGAAGUCUGCUCUCUUUUAACCUGGCUAGAUCACCAUGGUAACGUAUGCUCCUUUAAAGCAGCUAUAAAAAGUGUCACCUUUUCACUAAUUCUUUUCCUGACAAUACUCCUUUUGAGCGAUACUGACUCAGCUGAGGGAAUACAUUGAGGGAAAACUGUGUGCGCCACACUGUAAACACUGCAAAUUUUACACUGCAUAUCAUCCAUACACUAACAAAAUGAUGGAGGCACAGUGACUAUACACACCACAUUGGAUGAUGUUUUUAUGUUUGCUCCUGAUUUGCUGCCAAGUCAUUUUUACAGUGCUGGCACUGCAGCUGAUAGAACACUGAUAGUGGAAAUUGUCAAAACUCAU